UCUUUUUUUAAAGGUAAAUUUGUCAAAAAAUUUGUUAUUGCAAAAUUUAGUUUAUUUUCAAAAUAAUUUACCCCAAUAGAAACAAAUGAUCUAAAUAUUAAUUUUUUCUAUUGUUAAAUUGUCUUAUUGUUUAUGCCAAAAAUUAGAACUUAAUGGAUUUAAUCAAUUUUAUUCUACAGUGUUGUGUUGUUGAGGUUAUGUGACACUUAAAAACGUGAAAUCGAACAUAUUUUGUACACGUGCGGAAAGAUAUAAUUUUAUAUUUUUUAUUAGGAAAGAAAAAAUGACAUCGACAGAAGAAAUUGGGGAAAAAGUCAUUUCAUCAAGUGAAAGUGAAAAAAAUAAUCUUUAUUCUUAUCUACAACGGGAUGAUUUCACUUCGGAAAAGUAUAAAAUAGAAGUUCGAGGACUACCGAAAUUUUACGGUAUUGGUGAAUUUAAAAGGUUUUUAGGCGAUAAAUUGGAAUUGAAUUUUUGUAAAGUUAAACCACCGAGAAAAGGAAGCGGAUGGUUAUAUGUUUGUUUAAGAAAUGAAGAGGAUAGAAAACGUGCAAUUUCAUUACUUCAUGGGAGUUCGUGGAAAGGUGGAAAACUCACUGCUCACGCUGCAGCACCCGCUCCCGAUCCAUUUAUAAAGCGAAAACUCGAGAAAGAAGAGGCAGCGAAUAAAAAAUUAAAAACUGACAAUGACGAUGAACAAAUUUCCCUUGAAGAUCGUGUAAAAAAUACGACAGUUCCUCUCUGGAAUAUGCCGUAUGAUGAACAGUUGGAAUUCAAGCAGAAGGAAAUGAAAGCAGUUUUAAUAAAAUUGGGACAGCAGAUGUUGAAGGAAAAUAAAAAUUUAAAUGACUGGUUGAAUAUUCAAAAAAGUAAACAUAAUGGUUUACCCUGCGAAUUGCAGUCAAUUCUUAGUGCAGAUGUAAAAGAGGGUUACAGAAAUAAAUGCGAAUUUACCAUAGGUAAGAACACUGAGGGAAAGAAAACAAUUGGUUUUCGCUUAUCGAGUUACGCUGCUGGAUCGACUGCCGUUGGUCCUAUAGAUGAUUUAAUUCAUAUUCCGGAACUUAUGAAAUCUGCAGUUAAGCUUUUGCAAGAAUUUAUCCACAGUUCGGAAUUAGACGUAUUUAAUCCUGUGGAUCACAGUGGCAAUUGGAGGCAACUUACGGCGAGAACAACUCGUUUGAAUCAUUUAAUGUUGAUAAUUGGAGUUCAUCCGCAAGAUUUAAGUUCAGAUGAUUUGAAUAAAUUGAAAGAUGGACUAAGAGAAUUUUUUGAAAAUGGAAGAGGAAAAGAAGCAAACGUUACAUCAUUAUAUUUUCAAAUUUUAGACAGAAAAACUGGAAAAACUGAUGAUAAUUGUGCUUUGGAGCAUCUUAGUGGUGCACAAUUUAUAGAAGAAAUUUUACUAGGAAUGACUUUUCGCAUUUCGCCACAAGCAUUUUUCCAAGUUAAUACUUUGGGGGCAGAAAUUUUGUUUAAAGCUGCAAUUGACCUAGUGGAACCUAAUGAGGACACAGCUUUACUUGACGUUUGUUGUGGAACAGGAACAAUAGGACUUGCUUUUUCAAAGCAUUGUGGUGAGGUUUUGGGUUUGGAAAUGAUACCGGAAGCCAUAAAAGAUGCAAGGGAAAAUGCUAUUAAAAAUGGCGUUAAAAAUUGUGAAUUUUUCGCUGGAAAAGCUGAAGAUAUUUUAUCGCCAGUUAUUCAUCGAUCUACGAAACCAAGUUUAGUGGCAGUUGUCGAUCCACCGAGAGCAGGUUUACAUCAAAGGGCACUUUUGGCGUUGCGUAAAGCAAAAAAUUUAAAUAGACUCGUUUAUAUAUCUUGCGAUCCCAAAGCUGCAAUUAAAAAUUUGGUCGAUCUGGCAAGAGCAAACUCGAAACAUUAUUCCGGCGAGCCUUUAGUUCCAGUAAAAGCUGUACCUGUUGAUAUGUUUCCAUUCACCAGGCACUGUGAAUUAAUUAUUUAUUUAGAACGUCAAACAAAAACCGAAACAAAUUAAAUGA